UUCUCAUUUUUACGAAUGUUUAGAACGUACUGUUCUCGUCUUAUUUUGAUGUUGUUUAUUUCAGCAAUACUAAUUUAAGGCUGCAUCUUUACUGAAUAAAUAGUUGUUUCAUUCAACUGGAGAACUUGUAGUUCAUUUGAGUGAUCUGAAAGUCGUCUUUAACUUUUUGUUUGUAGUUAUUCUUUACAGCAUGAACAAACCAAGCUUUAUGAGUCCUAGGGUGAGAAAUCAUAUUAGUGCCAAACAUAACAAAUUUAUUAUUCAUGAAAUGUGUUCCUAAAAAUCAUGCCAUGUGUAUAUCGCACUAAAUUUGUCUUUGUUCAAAUAUGCCUGUUUUAUAUCACCCCCAUGUGCGUGCACCAGAUACUUUCCUUAACUCUGAGCAUUCCAGGUUUGGUCCUGAAAUUGUAACAUCUUCCAAAUUGCCAUGAAUAAACGAUAAACUCUUGAUUAUAUUUCCAAAGUUACCCUUACUCACUUUUUCUAACAUAUUUGAGCACAAUGUAUAUUGGAAAAUAUCAUACACUGAAAGAAACAUCUUAUGCCGAAUCACCCAACAGAAAAAACUUUACGUAUGUGAGGUACUUAAAACUCAUUUAAACAGAAGUGUCAAUUAAACCUUUAUUUGCUUCUUAAAAUGCAAGAUUUGAUAUAUAUUCCUGAUGUGAGGUACGUAAUAAAUCAUAUCUUAUAACUCUUAUUUUCAAAGUCCGUAUGCUUAUUCACACACAAGUGAAACGUCGUCUGUGCGAUUGGUUAUUGCGGAAAGUUAAAUGAAAGAGUUAUUUAAAGCACGGUAUACUUAUUCGCACAGAAAAGAAACCAAGUGUGUGAGGUAUGCAGCACAUCACUUAGACCGUGUUUCAUUAGACGAGCAUCUGAGUAUUUAUAUAGGUGAGAAAAAAAGCAGUCUGUAAGAUAUGUAAGAAUUGAUUUAGACAAAAGAAAACUUUAAGCAGGAAUAUGCUUAUUCACACAUGAAAGGAAUUUCACAUAUCUGAAGUAUGUAAUAAGUCAUUAAGACACAUGCUAAUUCACACUAGAGAGAAACAUCAUUUGUGUGAGGUAUGUAACAAGUCAUUUACUGAAAGAUGUCAUUUACACAAACAUAUACUUAUUCACACUGGAGAGAAACCUCAUGUGUGUGAGCUAUGUAACAAGUCAUUUGUUCGAAAAAGUCACCUAAAUGACCAUAUGCUUAAUCACACAGGAGAGAAGCCUCAUGUGUGCAAAAUAUGCAAUAAGUCUUUUAAUCGAAAAACUUAUUUAAAAAUCCAUAUGCUUAUUCACACAGGAAGGAAAUCUCAUGUGUGUAAGAUAUGUAACAAGUCAUUUAUUCAAAAAUGUCAUUUAGACAAACAUAUACUUAUUCAUACUGGAGAGAAACCUCACGUGUGUGAGGUAUGUAACAAGGCAUUUUUUCGAAAGGGCCAUUUAAAUGACCAUAUGCUUAAUCACACAGGAGAGAAACCUCAUGUGUGUGAGAUAUGUAAUAAGUCAUUUGCUUACAAGCGUAACUUAAACAGCCAUAUACUUAUUCACACAGGAGAAAAACCUCAUGUUUGUGAGAAAUGUAAUAGAUCAUUUGCGCAAAAAUGUAAUUUAAAAAAGCAUAUACUUAUUCACACCCGAGAAAAACUCUGUGAGUUACAUGUGUAAUAAAUCACUUGGAUGAUAGAAAAAUUGAAAGAUGCAUUUUUACAGAUAAUACAAGGCUUGCAUCUUUUGUGGAAAAGUUAGAUUAAUAAGAGUGUUUAUGUAACUGUACAUUAAUGACAUGUCCAUUCCAUAAAAAAAUGGCAUUAUAUGAGGUGUGUUCAACGUAUCCUUUCACUUUAAUUCUUAAUAAAUCAUUUAUUUGUUUGCACAAAAGAAAAA